CCGGGCAGUGUCUGGGCCCUCACCCCCCCCAUCUGUCCCCACACGCCCACCACCACCGGCCCGGGAUAGCCAGCCCCGGCGGAGGAGACACCAAGCCUAGAGACAUGGGAGUUCGAGGAGCCUUCCACCUUCUUCUCGUGUGCCUGAGCCCAGCUCUGCUGUCCGCUGUGCGGAUCAACGGGGACGGCCAGGAGGUCCUGUACUUGGCAGAAGGUGACAAUGUGAGGCUGGGCUGCCCCUACAUCCUGGACCCUGAAGACUAUGGUCCCAACGGGCUGGACAUCGAGUGGAUGCAGCUCAAUUCAGACCCCUCACAUAGGGAGAAUGUGUUCCUUAGUUACCAGGACAAGAGGAUCAACCACGGCAACCUCCCCCACCUGCAGCAGAGGGUCCGCUUUGCAGCCUCGGACCCCAGCCAGUACGACGCGUCCAUCAAUCUCAUGAACCUGCAGGUGUCGGACACAGCCACCUACGAGUGCAGGGUGAAGAAGACCACCAUGGCCAGCCGGAAGGUCAUCGUCACCGUCCAAGCGCGGCCUGCGGUGCCCAUGUGCUGGUCCGAGGGCCACAUGACCCGCGGCAACGACGUGGUGCUGAAGUGCUUUGCCAACGGGGGCACCCCGCCUCUCUCCUACAAGUGGGCCAAGAUCAGCGGGCACACCCACCCCUACCGCGCCGGCUCCUACCACUCCCAGCACAGCUUCCACUCGGAGCUCUCCUACCAGGAGUCCUUCCACAGCUCCCUGAACCAAGGUCUGAACAAUGGGGACCUGCUGCUGAAAGACAUCUCGAGCGAGGAUAAUGGGCUCUAUCAGUGCACAGUGGCCAACCACGUGGGCUACAGCGUGUGCGUGGUGGAGGUGAAGGUCUCAGACUCCCGGCGCAUAGGCAUGAUCAUAGGCGCAGUGCUGGGCUCUCUGCUCAUGCUGGGCUGUCUGCUGGUGGGCAUCUGGGGGCUCGUCUGCUGCUGCUGCGGGGGCGCCGGGGCCGGCGGCGCCCGCGGUGCCUUCGGCUAUGGCAACGGCGGCGGGGUCGGCGGAGGGGCCUGCGGCGACUUGGCUAGUGAAAUCAGAGAGGACGCCGAGGCGCCCGGGUGCAAGGCCGGCGGGCGCGGCCGCAGCGUCUCCCACCUGCUGGGGUACCCGCCGCAGACCGUCAGCCGCUCCCCGCGCCGCAAGUUCGCGCCCCCGCCCUGCGGCGGCCCCGAGGACGUGGCCCUGGCGCCCUGCGCCGCCGCCGCCUGCGAAGCGGGCCCCUCCCCGGUCUACGUCAAGGUCAAGAGCGCCGAGCCCGCCGACGGCGCCGAGGGGCCCGGGCAGCAGCGCACCGACGGCCUCCUGGUGUGAGCGCGGCCACCGCUGGGGAUGCGCUCGGCUCGGCUCGGCUCGCCCCUCGGGAUGCGCUGGGCCUGGCCCGCGGCUGGGGAUGCGCUCGGCUCAUCGCUGGGGAUGCGCGUGCGCCCGGGGCCUCCAGGCCUCUCCAGGCCUCUCCAGGACUCGGGGCCUCCCCUGGCCUCCCUGAACCUCCGAGCCUCCCCAGGACAACGGGCCUCCCCGGGCCUCCGGGCCUCCCUGGACCUCUCUGAGCCUCCGGGCCUCCCCAGGACAACGGGCCUCCCCAGGACUCCGGGCCUCCCCGGGCCUCCCCAGGACAACGGGCCUCCCUGAGCCUCCAGGCCUCCGGGCCUCCCCGAGCGUCACGGCGCCUCCCCGGGGCCCGCGCGGGAGUCAGCUCACCUGCCGGGACGGGAGCGGCGCGG